UCCCUUUAAGACAAAACAUAACAACUCAACAGCUGAUACGAAACAUGGCGGCGGUAAACACAGAGCCCAAAGCCACCGGAGAGCAAAUCAAAGCCAUUUUACGCCGCUGCAGGGGUCGCCCGAGGCUAACAGACGCGGACCGGGCUCAGCGGCGGCUCGAGUCGCGGAAGAAGUACGAUGUGCGGCGCGUUUAUCUGGGAGAAGCGCACCGGGUCUGGAGCGAGCUGCGCCGGCGCACGAGCCUGAGCGACGCGGGGCUCGCCGAGUAUCUGAUCCUGCUCAAUUCUGCAUAUGGAGAAAAAUACCAGCAGAAAUACGCCAAGAGAAAACCCCUUCCUGAACAAUGCAGCAGUCACAGGAAAGGGAAGAAGAUGUCUGCCACCAGCUUGCAGACUGUGGCGAGCUGGUAUCAGGGUCACUGUCAGUCGUGUCAGCAUGAGCCUGAGCUGCGGGCCGUGGAGCCCACUGUGGGUUUAUCUACAUCUGCACUGUGGCAGUGUGUGGCGGGUCAUUCGUUUGUGCAGAACCUGCCCUGGCCUGCAGGAGGCGAGUCCGAGUCGGACGGGGAGGACAGUGUUAUGGAGAAAGAUGAGGAGGAUAGGCCUCCAGAGAAGGAAGCUACUGUCAAUGAGAGUAUCAACAUCAAAAGGAGAAAACUGCCAAACCACGGGCAGCUGCAGGACGCCCUCAGUGACUUGGAAGACGAUGAUCAUCAUGUGGAGCAUCAGAUGACAUGCACAUCCCUCAGUGAUCUCCCAGGGUCCCCUGCGGCCCACAGCAGUCCUCCCGCCUCAGAGCGCUGUCUGGAAAACCAGGCUGAGUGGGAGAUGGAGGUGCUCAUGGACCGAGAAGCCCAGGCCGCUCUGGCUGAGUCCGAUGGAAAAGCCUCGAGUCAGGAUGCGUCGAGAGAGAGCGACCCUGUCAGGGAGCAGACGGAUGCUUCGAGAACUUUAGAGAAGGUGGAUAGCGGAGGCGGCUUGACGGAGAGUUACGAAUGCGUGGUUGUCACAGCGCCCUUGACGGACAGACAGGAGAGGCAGGAUGGAGCCAAUUGUUCCAGAGAAGGCGGGGUGGAGGGCAUCCCAUCGUUAGCAGCCGCCCCAGCGCAGAGCAAACUCUUUGAGAGUCAGGACCUGCAGACGGUGAUGGGCGGGUGUGAGCUGCCGGACCAGCGCUCCACACUGGAAGGAUCUCAGCUGAUCAUAAUUACGGGACCAAGUUACGAGGCUCUGACGUCUGAAGGCAUUCAGCUGAACGUGGGUGGCAGUGAUGUUGAGGAGGUCACAUGUACACUGAUCGGGGACAUGUCGUAUAAUCGGAUGUGUCAGUCAGGAGCCAGCUCCCGUCCCAGCGCCGUGACUCCAGAUCUGGCUGAGAAGCGGUUAUUGGAUCCCGGUGAAGAAACACACUGUUCAAAAGCUCAGCAGUCUCUCAGUAGGUGUAAGCGGAGCCGGCGGGGUCCAGUAAUCGAGGCGGACGGCAUGCUGAAGAUGUUCCACUGUCCGUAUGAAGGCUGCAGUCAGGUGUAUGUGGCCAUUAGCAGUUUCCAGAAUCAUGUGAACCUGGUGCACCGGAAGGGCAGGACCAAAGUCUGUCCUCAUCCAGGCUGCGGGAAGAAGUUUUAUCUCUCCAACCAUCUUCAUCGGCACAUGAUCAUACACUCAGGUGUGCGAGACUUUAUCUGUGAAACGUGUGGCAAGUCGUUUAAACGCAAGAAUCACUUAGAGGUGCACAGACGAACACACACGGGAGAAACGCCGUUACAAUGUGAGAUAUGUGGGUAUCAGUGUCGACAGCGAGCGUCACUCAACUGGCACAUGAGGAAACACACUUCUGAAGCGCAUUUCAACUACACGUGCGAACACUGUGGCAAACGCUUCGAGAAACUCGACAGCGUCAAGUUCCACAAACUCAAGAGCCAUCCAGACAAACAGCCCACCUGAAAGACACUUAAAGAAAAAAAUUAUGGGUAUGUAAAAAGUUUUAUUAAACCUGUGGAACAAAGUGUUUAUUUAGCAGUAAAUGCAUUUUGUGCACUUUUAGGUGUAUUUUUGAG